AUGUCACAAGAACAGGUCUUUGAGCCUCUAGUGGUCCUUGAAUUUGGUCCUAAGACUAACCAGGCUGCACAAGAGUGGUUGACGGCAAAAUUGCAGGCACCCAGAACUGAGCUCGGAGCAGAGCUUCAAGUGCGAACUAACUAUAUGGAUUGUAAUCAGGAGAGAGUACUCUAUAUUGGUGCUGAUCUUGACAGACUUUUGCUGGGUGCUGAAGAAAUGUCUUUGCAAAAAUUCUAUAAAGAUGGAAAACUUCGAGAUAUUUCUCUCACUGAUUUGUUCAAUUAUGUUAAUGGAG